UGUGUAUGAUGAAACAUUGUUCACCUUGCCAAUGGUGGUCCCAGUAUUGGUGCUGUUUUUGAAGAUGAUCAAGCAUGACUCAUUGUUGGCAUUGUGCAUGGAUGGAUUCACAAGGACAGUCUUGGGGACCUGGCCUUGCAUGAUGCCAACAAUGAGUUGUGCUUGGUCAUCUUCAAAAACAGCAUCAGUACUGAGACCACCAUCAGCAAGACAAACAACAUUUUAUCAUACACACGCAACUAUUUCAAUGAGUACCUGGCCUCAGAGUGUCAUGAGAUGGUCAUCAGGGAAUUUGAAGGACAUGGAGCUGGUAGAGUGCAGAUAGACCUUCUCCAUGGAUUCUCCACAUGUGUACUUAUCGCCAAUGUUGAUGGUGUUGCCAUGUUAAUUGUUGGUGUCAAGUUUGCUGGCAUCGAUCUUAAUGAUGGCAAGGUCCAGCAUAAACUCCCCGAGUUCGGUGGAGCAGAAGAUGGGAGGGGCCCAGGCGAGCUCCCCGAAGACACGCUUCUCCUCCAGCCUCCAGUGAGUGGCAAUCUCCCGGCGCAAGUCCCCGAGUGCUUUCAUCCUCGUCUCCGCCCUCUGCAAAUCGUUCUCUGCCUUCUCGCGCUCUAUGACGGAUGCGCGGUCAUCCUUGUCCUUAACCAACUCAAUCCUUUCCCUAGAAUCGAUGUCGUGAGCCCUUCGUCCCCAAUCUUGUCGUCGAUGGCGGCGAGCUUCUCGUUGAAACCGGUGGUGCCAAGGACAAUCAUGUUUUCAUGUGCCCUGCUGUUGUUCCUGCACUGGUAUUCCCUGUCCUUGUCCCUGUCGACAGGGAGGACAAUGUGCCGGGCAGUGACGAGAUAGAUGUCCUUGUUGUCGCCACCGGCGCUGAGGUAGAAGCCGCCAGUUCUCUCGGCCCAAGGCCUAUUCUCGGUGAGAUCGGGAUGCAGAGUGUCGCAGUGUAUGGGUCGCGAGCAGUGAAAGUAGGGUCGGAGAAGGCGACAGGAUCAAAGAACCUAUUGCCCCCUUGUC